AUGGUUGUGGUCGUCAGCUGUGUGUUGCUGUUGCGUUUUAGGCACUUCGACUCGCUAUGGUCGCUUGCAACGAUGGAGUUCCUGGCCUGUUCGACUUACUACAUACUCACGUCGGUUGGUAUUGACACUGGUGGCGCUCAUGGUCACCCCUCCUACACUGUUGACAAAAGCAAGGCUGUAGUUUCAUGUGUCGGGAUCGAGCCAUCGCAAGCACUUCUACAUGACUAG